UAAACAGGAAACGACAAAAAUCAGCUGUGUUUGGUGAGGGUGGAUUUAUACAGUCCUCCAUCAAAACAUAACACACUGCAACUGAUGGAAAGCAGAUGAAGAGAUGAUGAUGAUGAUGGCGGCGCUGCUGUGUUUCUGUGCUCUGAUCUCUGCUGUUUGCUGUGCGCCGCUCAUAGAAACUCAACCUGAACAGGUGCAUGUCUCGUAUCCAGGUGUGAAGAACUCGAUGUUGGUCACAUGGUCCACCGCUAAUAAAACCGAGAGCGUUGUUGAGUACGGUCUGUGGGGCGGGAAGCUCUUCAGUCACACGGCGGAGGGAGACGCAAGCGUGUUUAUCGACGGAGGGCCGGAGAACAGAACGAUGUACGUCCACCGAGUCACGCUGACCGAUCUGACCCCAGCGGCUUCAUACGUGUAUCACUGCGGCAGCGACGCCGGAUGGAGCGACAUCUUCUACUUCACGUCUCUGAAUGAAAGCGUGAGCUUCAGCCCCAGAUUCGCUCUGUUUGGUGACAUGGGCAACGAAAACCCUCAGUCUCUGAGUCGACUGCAGAAAGAGACGCAGAUGGGGAUGUACGACGUCAUUCUGCACAUCGGAGAUUUCGCGUAUGACAUGCAUGAGGAUAACGGCCGGAUCGGGGAUGAGUUCAUGCGGCAGAUCCAGUCCAUCGCUGCUUACACGCCAUAUAUGACCUGUCCUGGAAACCACGAGUGGGCUUAUAACUUCUCCCACUACAGGAGUCGUUUCAGUAUGCCGGGACACACGGAGAAUCUGUGGUACAGCUGGAACAUUGGACCCGCUCAUAUCAUCUCCUUUUCCACGGAAGUCUAUUUCUAUCUGGAAUACGGCCUGGAUCUGCUCUUCAGACAGUAUGACUGGCUACAGGCCGAUCUACAGGAAGCGAACCGUCCUGAGAACCGAGCGCAGCGGCCGUGGAUCAUCACGAUGGGACACAGACCCAUGUACUGCUCCAACGAUGACGGAGACGACUGCACACACUUCCAGAGCUACGUCCGACUUGGACGCAAUGACACGAAACCCAUUGCUCCUGGACUGGAGGAUUUAUUCUAUCAGUACGGAGUGGAUCUGGAGCUCUGGGCUCAUGAACACACGUAUGAGAGACUCUGGCCCGUGUACGAUUACAAGGUGUUUAACGGGAGCUCUGAAGAGCCGUAUGUGAAUCCUAAAGCGCCCGUGCACAUAAUCACAGGUUCAGCCGGCUGUCGAGAGAAACACGACGGCUUCAUCCCUAAACCUCGCGACUGGAGCGCUUUCAGAAGCACGGAUUACGGCUACACACGCAUGCGUCUGAUCAACGGCACGCACCUGUACCUGGAGCAGGUGUCCGACGACCAGUACGGGAAAGUCAUCGAUCAGAUGAUGCUGGUGAAGGAGAAGCACGGAGGGCACGCCUGGCGCUGAACAUCCAGACGCUCUCGGGAAACGAGAUGCACUUGAAUCAAACAAUCGAGGGAACGAGGGUCGAAUGUGAUGCUCUCCAGCGGCAGAUCUUCUUCAGACUCCUUCCAGACAGAUUUACUGUAUAUAAAUGAUUAUAUUUUAAUAAGGAGAUAAAGUACUGUAUGUAAUCUACUUGAUUUUUUAAAGCCAUGAACUCUGUUCCAAAACCUAGUGAGCUUCCUACUUAGAUUGCAUUUUAACAUUUUAAGUCUGCUACAUUAUGCUGCCUUCUAAGGGGCCGUUCACACACAACACGAUUUUGUGUUUAAAAACAUAAAGAUUGGGUUUAAAAACUU